AUGAUGGUCGUCACGCUGGUGCUCCUCCUCGCCACCCUCACCGGUGCUCCGGUGGAGGGUCAGUGGCGUAGGCGGUUCCCGCCGCUGGAUCCCUGUCGUCUUCCUUACCCUCCGCGUCGUUGUAGCGAUCCUUCCCCUUACUUACCCAGACCGCCUCCGACGCCGGUCGACAACUACGACGGGUACAGCAUGUUCGUGUUCGGUGACUCCUUCGCCGACACCGGCAACCUCCCAUACAAUGCCACCAGCCUCCUCGCCUGGUCGCUCAUGCGCCCGUGGCACAUUCCCUACGGCAGUUCCUACGGCAAGGACGACGGAUCCGUCUCCUCGACGCCCCAGGCCACCGGACGAUUCUCCAACUAUAAGGUCCAAACUGAUUUCGUCGCGACGAUUCUUGGGCUCAAGAUGGCGCCCCCGGCGCACCAGGUGCAGGGCGACGCGUCCUGCGACAACACCGGCAUGACGUUCGCCAUGGGGGGCUCCGGCGUCUACUCUGUGCCGGCCGGCGUGCCGACGCUGAGCGCGCAGGUGGACACCUUCGCACAACUCGUCUCCUCCGGCGCCAUCCCGGCCGCGCGUCUCGCCAAGUCCGUCGCGCUCGUCGCCGUCUCCGGCACCGACUACGACCGCGUGGGCAUCGCGCACCCCAAAGCGUUCGGCGACGUGACCGCCUUCAUCCGCAACGUGACCGCCGGGAUCUCCGACAGCGUCGACCGCCUCCUCAAGCUCGGCGUGAAGAAGGUGCUCGUGAACAACCUACCCCCGAUCGGCUGCGCGCCGUCGCAGACCAAGGCAGCGAAGUACGGCGCGUGCGACGACGCCGGCAACAUUGGCGCCGACACCCACAACAAGAUCCUGAAGCAGCUGCUCGGGGACCAGGACAACGUGCUCGUCGUCGACCUCCACGCCGCGUUCAGCGCCAUCGUCCAGGGGUCGACGGGCCAGUUCAAGCACAGGCUCACGCCCUGCUGCGUGGCCGAUAGCUUCUGCGGGGCCACGGACGCCAACGGGGACCUCUACGAGGUGUGCACCACGCCGAGCCUGGGCCUCCCGGGCCCCGAGGAAUACUUCUACUGGGACGACAUGAACCCGACCCAGGCCGGAUGGGCGGCCGUCAUGGAGCAGGUCGAGGGCUCCAUCAAACAGUUCGUCGGUGUGAACUAG